AUGUGCAAGGUGGUGUUGACACUCACCGUGCUAAAUAUGUACGCCAGCAGCUUCUUCCUCAGCGCCAUGAGCGUAGCGCGCUACUGCACAGUGGUGGGCGCGCUGCGCCCAAGUGGUCCGGACGCCCAGCGGGCUGCCUGCGUGUGCUGCCUGAUUUGGGCCGCAGCUAUCCUGGCCACAGCGCCCAUCACUCUGUUCGCCACCACCGUCAGCGUGGGGGGCGAGCCCCUGUGCUUGCUCUGCUUUCCCGACCGCGGCCAGGACUGGCUGGCGCUCUACCACCUGCAAAAGAUCGCCGUGCCUUUCGUGCUGCCUCUGGCUACUCUGGGCACCUACUCAUUGCUGCUACUGAGCUUCCUGCGGCAGCGGCGGGCACCCAGGCCGUCGGGGGUCCGGCCCAGACGGCGCUCCCGGGUCACCUCACGUUUGGCCUGCGUGCUAUUGGCCUUCAUGCUCUGCUGGCUGCCCAACCAAGCCCUCACGCUCUGGGGGGUGCUGAUCAAGCUGGACGCCAUAACCUGGGACCGCGCCUAUUUUCUGGCACAGGCCUAUCUCUUCCCAGUCUCCAUUUGCCUGGCACACGCCAACAGCUGCCUCAACCCAUUGAUCUACUGCCUGCUGCGCCGCGACAUCGGCCAGUGCCUGCGAGAGAGGUGCUGCCGCGAGAAGGAUCCCGCGGACCUCCCACCAGGUCCAGUGGUUGCGCCCACCAUCCACAUUGCCCAACCAGCACUGAUUCAGGUGUGA